AGAUAUUCCGAUGGUUUCCAUUGGUCUUGCUGCCGUAAUCAGGCGAAUCCCUGCCGCAGCCACCAUCACGGGGCGCGCAUCUUGGUUGAAAGGCAGACUUCCUGUUUCUUCAGUGAAUGUGAUCUCAAGGACCUUUGCUACUUAUGAGCGCACCAAGCCCCACUUGAACAUUGGUACCAUCGGUCACGUCGAUCAUGGCAAGACAACGCUCACAGCAGCAAUCACGAGAGUCAUGGCCGAACAGAACAAGACAGUGAAGGCUAUGGCUUUUGAUGACAUUGACAAGGCACCAGAGGAGAAGGCUCGUGGUAUCACCAUUGAAGCUGCACAUGUGGAGUAUGAGACCGAGAAGAGACAUUACGCUCAUGUCGACUGCCCUGGACACGCUGACUAUGUCAAAAACAUGAUCACUGGAGCUGCUCAGAUGGAAGGCGCCAUUUUGGUGGUUUCAGCACCAGAUGGACCCAUGCCACAGACGAGGGAGCAUAUUCUUCUCGCUCGUCAAGUUGGAGUUCCUGCAAUGGUUGUUUUCCUGAACAAGUGCGAUGCUGUGGACGACCCGGAGUUGAUAGAUCUUGUCGAAAUGGAAGUGAGGGAACUCCUUACCUUCUACAAGUUUCCCGGAGACGAGAUCCCCAUCGUCCGCGGCUCUGCCUUGCACGCCUUGAAUGGAACUGAACCCUCCCUGGGCAAGGAUAAGAUUGUCGAGCUCAUGAAGGCAGUUGAUGAUUACAUCCCGGAACCUGCUCGCGACAUGGACAAGCCAUUCCUCAUGCCGGUUGAGGAUAUUUUCAGUAUUGCGGGUCGUGGUACUGUUGUGACCGGCAGAAUUGAAACUGGUACAAUCAAGGUUGGUGAAGACAUUGAAAUCAUCGGUAUCAAGAAUCCAGUCAAAACAACAUGCAUCGGGGUUGAAAUGUUCAAGAAAGAGCUUGGUCAGGGACAGGCUGGCGAUAACUGUGGAGUUUUGCUUCGUGGUAUUAAGCGUGAAGAUGUCACCAGAGGGCAGGUUUUGGCCAAACCUGGAAGUGCAAAGACUGCAACGAAAUUCAGUGCGGAAAUCUACUGCCUGUCAAAGGAGGAAGGAGGUCGCCACACUCCCUUCUUCAAGAAGUACAAGCCCCAGUUCUUCUUUCGUACUGCAGACGUCACUGGCACCAUCAUUCUUCCGGAUGAUAUCCAGAUGGUUAUGCCUGGCGACAAUGUCAGCUGUACUGUUGAACUUAUCUGCCCGAUUGUCAUGGAGAAGGGUUUGCAGUUUGCUAUCAGAGAAGGUGGCAAGACGGUGGGUGCCGGAGUUGUAUCGGAAAUUUUAGCAUAAGCACAGACUUCCACAUACGUCUUAGGAAGACUAUGGUUCUGAAACGCGUCAGCUGAGUCGUUCCUUGAGCAAUGUUUCAGAAAUGAAAUAUACAUGUCGACCAGAC